AUGUGGCAUAACUAUCUGUUACCGGAGAUUUCAGAACUGUCAUCACCGUUCGGUUCUUCGCCAGAGCGUGUAGCGGCGUACUUCGCCGAAGCAUUACAAGCAUGAAUCAUCAGUUCAUACAUCAGAACUUAGACGCCGCUCACGUUCAAAACCAAAACCCUAGCCCUAGCUCAAAACCAGAAGAUUUGCAACGCACUUCAAUCCUACAAUUCAAUCUCUCCGUCAAUCAAAUUCUCACAUUUCACAGCGAAUCAAGCGAUUUUUCAAGCGAUAGAAGGUAAAGAAACCGUUCAUACUAUAGAUCUAGACAUCAUGCAAGGUCUCCAGUGGCCAGGAUUGUUCCACAUCCUCGCUUCCAGACCUCGCAAAAUCAAAUCGCUAAGAAUCACCGGCGUCGGCUCUUCGAUUGAACUCCUUAACGCCACCGGCCGUCGUCUUCACGAUUUCUCUAAUUCUCUCGGUCUUCCGUUCGAAUUCGUCCCUCUCGAAGGUAAAAUCGGCAACAUCUGUUCAGAUCUGAAUAAUAUCAGUUCAGAUCUGAAUAAUCUGCAUAAUAAUAUGAAUAAUUUGAAUAACAUGAGUAUAGAUCUGAAUAAUAUGAACAAUAAUUUGAUGAAUAAACUCGGAGUGAGAUCCGAUGAACCUGUGGUGGUGCACUGA